AUGCAACUCAAGUCCAUAAGGGAGAUUGCCUUUACAACAACGUUGCCAGCUGCGAAUGAGACUGAGUAUGGCGUAUACCUUGUGAAGACGCAUAGGAGAUGGGUGUUGCAUAUUGCUCGUCCCGAGCUAAUCGAGGAAUUCAUGUCUAAAAUAGAUGGAUUUGCUAAAUUACAAGCGGUGAUCAACCCCAAGACGUUGCUUGGUCGCUUUAUUGGUGGCCGUAAUCUUCUUACUUUAGACGGCAAUGAAUGGAUUGAACAACACAAGAUCAUGAAAGCUGCAUUCGACUUGGCCAGUCCCCUUGGAUCAUUUGAUGCCGUUGGUCAAAAACUGAUAACAAGAAUAGAUGACAUGGACAACGGCAGUGUAAAUUGGCAGCGAUUGGCAAACCAUUGGGCGUUGGAUCUUUUAGGAAAAACAAUCUUUGACUUUGAUUUUGGAGCAAUCGAUGGCACUGAAAGCCAAUGGUCAACGCGAUAUCGCAGCAUCUUCCAAGCAUGUUUUCAUCCUCUGUACCUAACGCUGCCUAUGUUGGAUACGUGGUUCCUUCCAUCCAAACGGCGUCACAUGCAUCAAGAAUUGACAACCUUGCUUGGUAUCAUGGAUGAUAGAAUUAAGCAAGCUUCAAAUCCCCCUAAUGGAAAUGAGUCCUUGACCGAAAAGAAUCUUCUGACGCUUAUAUUGGAGGCACAAGAAGAGCACUCUGGAAAUAUGAAUGACGAGGGCAUUAGGAGCAAUUUAUGCGCGUUCUUCAUGGUGGGACACAGAGCUCUCGCGUAUACGCUUGCAUUGGCUGUUUAUCACAUUGCUGUCAACCAAGAUGUUCAACAAAAAGCAAGAGAGGAAGUAAUUGCCAUAAUGGGACCUGGUGGUUACAACAGGGAUGAUAUGCCGACCUUGGCUCAAUUUUCGGAGAUGCCAUACAUGGAGUAUGUGAUCAAAGAGACAAUGCGUAUGCAUCCUCCAACGCCCGUAUUGCAUGGUCGCAUGGCAACAGAGGAUGUCAGCUUGGGGAACUUGCUGAUCCCCAAAGGAGCCCAAGUUUCACUGGAUAUUUACGAGCUACAUCAUAACCCUAUCGUUUGGAAGAACCCUGAGACCUUUGACCCAUUGCGUUUUGCACCCCGUGGGGAAGUAGAUCAGUUGCACUCUCAGGGCAAGUUGCCAUGGAUACCAUUCAAUCACCACCCGCGUCAAUGUAUCGGCAAAGAUUUCAGCCUUAGGGCACUAACAAUGACACUUGCAAUGUUAGUGCAAUGCUUCGACAUUUCACUCCCUAAUGAUUCUCCACACAAGGAUAGGAUUGACACAAUUGGGUAUACAGGAAUCAGCCCCACAGAGCUGAUGAUCAAUUUCACAAAGCGACAUGAGGCCCAUUGUUGA